AUGGAUUUUAAAAGAAAUCCGCGUUAUGGGAUUGAUGAUCUUCAAUCGGAAUUUGAUGAGCAGAGUGAUGUUGAAAGGAAGAGGAAACGCACAGAUUUUCUAGAAAAAGAAUAUCCUGGCGAAGUGCCGAAACAAAAGCGGAAAGAUGCGAAGCACUGGUUUCAAGAUGAGCAUAGUCGAAUGCACAAAAAGAUGGGAAGAAUGAUGUCAAUGAAUGCCUAUCAGCGUCAUAAGGAAAUCAUCAAUAUGUAUUAUCUAAGCUUCCCUGGAUCGACGAAAAUGCUCCAGCCAAGCACAUCGCAUGAACGCACUGAUUAUGAUGUUCUCAAAGAUAAUCAUAAAUUUGUUUGGUCCGCUGAAGAUGAAGCCAAUGCUGAAAAGUCAUGGGAGACUAGAAUGGCGAAGCGAUAUUACGAUAAGCUUUUUAAAGAGUAUUGUAUUGUCGACCUAUCUUUGUAUAAAAAGAACAAAAUAGCAAUGAGGUGGAGAACUGAAAAAGAAGUAAAAGAUGGAAAAGGUCAAUUUCAAUGUGGAAAUCGAAAAUGCGAAAAUUCGGACGAUCUGAAAAGUUGGGAGGUGAAUUUUGCAUAUAAAGAAAACGAUCAGCGAAAAAACGAGCUAGUGAAGGUUAGACUUUGUCCAGAAUGUUCAGAGAAGCUCAACUAUGGAUCAAAAAAGCGGCAAGUCGAGAAAAAGAAGAUUUUGAGAAGAUGGGAGCGCCAACGUCAGCAUAAAGACAUCAAGCCAUCGGCGAAUGACGAUGAUGAAUCGAAGCCGAUUAAUGAAUCCGAUUCCAAAUCUGACUCGGCGACUAGCGAGGAGAAGAACAAACAGACAUCAGUGUCAUCGUCGGAUAUCUGGGAAGCUCCGGUUCAAAAGGAAAUUGAGAAGACGGUUGAUGAGGAUAUUGACGAUUUUCUGGAUGAUCUAUUUCAAUAA